CUUUCUACAAGCUUCUCAUUUCCUCUAACAGAAAAAAGCAACUGCCCAAUCACACACACUCAUCACUAACAAAAAAUGGCAGCCGCCGCUCCACCACCACCACCGACCCCAACACCGUCAGCACCCACCGGCCUCCCGGAAUCCGACAACACACCAGUCGGGUACCCACUCUUCACCCGUAUCCGUCUCGCGACACCCGCAGACGUCCCAUUCAUCCACAAACUCAUCCACCAAAUGGCAGUCUUCGAAAAACUCACCCACCUUUUCUCCGCCACCGAUUCAUCACUUUCCACCACACUGUUCAACUCACCGCCGUUUAACUCGUUCACCAUCUUCCUCCUCGAAGUUUCCACUAACCCAAUACCCAAAAUCAUCUCCCCUAGCUUCACUCCCAUUGAACGGAUCAUUCAGUUGGAUCAUCCUGUGAUCGACCCGGAAGUGGAAUCGUUUAACCAGGUUGGACUAAGCAAUGUUGUGAUUGCUGGGUUUGUUCUGUUUUUCCCGAAUUACUCGAGUUUUCUUGCGAAACCCGGGUUUUAUGUGGAGGAUCUGUUUGUUAGGGAGUGUUAUAGGAGGAAGGGUUUGGGGAAGUUGUUGCUCUCGGCCGUGGCGGCACAGGCGGUGAAAAUGGGGUAUGGGAGAGUUGAAUGGGUUGUGCUUGAUUGGAAUGUGAAUGCUAUUAAGUUCUAUGAAGAAAUGGGCGCGAAGAUUUUGCCCGAAUGGCGGAUUUGUAGGCUGACUGGUGAAAAUCUUGAAGCUUAUCGCGACGUUGUUUGAGCGAUUUUAGGGUUUUGAAGUUGGGGAUUUUCUUUUGAGGAUUGGCGCGGUUGUCGGGUUAUGUAAGUAUUGCAUUUUAAUUGAAUCAAAUGGGUUAAUGAAAAACAUGAAAUUUUAGUGUUGUUUUGGUAUUAACUUUCAAUUAUUAAGAUUUAUGGAAAUCUUACUUAUCAUGA